AUGUGGAUAUUCCUACAAAACUUAUGUGUUGAAUAUACAGGAAGUCAGUUCAUAUUAAAAAAAUUACACGUUGACUUUGAAAAGGCAGCCCACCAAGCCGCGUAUGAAGUUUUUGAAAAUGUACAAUUAAUAGCUUGUCGAUUUCAUUUAGGACAAUCAUGGUGGCGAAAAAUAAACAGCGAUUCUAUUCUCAGAAUAGCCUAUAAAAAAGAAAACGACGAACUAGGAAAUUGGCUUAAGAGUUUUUUUGGGUUAGCUUUUUUACCUAAUCAUGAAGUAGCCGAUGCAUUCGUCGAACUCAUGAGUGUCUGCCCAAAUGAUAAAGUCUGCUCAGAAUUUAGCGAUUAUGUUUUCAAUAAUUAUAUAGAUGAUGAAUCUCCAUUCCCCCCAAAUAUAUGGGCUAAAGAACCUAUGUUUGAUCCAAGGACAACCAACGCUGUUGAAAGUUUUCAUAGAACUUACAAUUCACAAUUUUAUAAGUCUCACCCACACAUACACUUGGUAAUUAUGGUUUUACAAGAAACGCAAGCUGAAACGAUGACAAAAAUUCGGUCAAUUGAAACCGACAGUUAUAAAAGUAUGAGUUUUAUUGAAAUGCAAAAAAUUAAUGCAACUAUAAUGGCUUACGAUGAAUAUUUAAGAAAUAAAUGUUCUAAAGAUUUACUAAAAUAUUUAUUAAAAGUGGGAAACAAGUAUUUAGGGAUACCACUUUAA